UAUGGCGGACGCAACUAUUCGAGCUGAGGCAAUGGAACCGAGUUGUUUGAGAUGGUCCAGUGAUCAAGUGGCAGACUGGAUGGCAGAUCUCGGAUAUCCGCAAUACAGGGAAUGCUUUACUACAAACAGAAUUGAUGGGCGUAAACUCAUUCUAGUGGAUGCAUCACAUCUACCUUCUCUUGGAAUCACAGAUUUUGAACAUAUAAAGCACAUUUCCAAAAGUGUAAGGGACCUCCUAGAUAUUGAAGAGCCUUACUGGAACCGUAGUAUAUCCCUCCCUCAUCGUGAGAAGAUGGGGAUGUACCUGGAGAGGAAGAGUAUCACCGGUCCAAUCGCUGAUAACUUCACCUACAACAAAUAUAUGAAGGAACUCAAGAAAGAAGAGUUAGCUAAGAAUGGAACCAAGAGGUAGACUUGGGAGAAAUGAGGAGGGAGGAAUUAGGUAGCCACGAUGGUAUUUUAUAUCUUAAAGAUUAAUUCAGAAAUGAAAAAAAAAUGGGCCCAAAUUUCAUAAAAAUGUGACGCAACAAAUUGGCUAAACUCAGUCAAGUCUUGCUUUACCGGUUUUAAAACAAGUACAUUGUAAAACGUGUAUUUGAAGUGUGACCCUUGCUAGACUUUAUUGGAGGGAAUAAAUACAAGGGGUGCAAAAGUUAGUCUUUAAUGGCAUAUUAUUAUAGUAUUUUAAACCCUUCCAAAAUCAAACUGGAUUUUUUUUUAAAGAAUGAUCAUGUGCUCAGUUUAUUGAUUGAACAGACUGGUUUACCUCUCAUAAACUGGUUAACAUUAUACACCACUACAAAGCUUACAAAUAGGGCUACCUUGAUAUAUUAUUUUUAACCUCCCAAAAUAUUUUGAGAAAAAAGUUAUUGCAAUUUAUAGAUUUCAUAUUGAUUCAUGUACGAUUGAUUUUACAUAUGGUCAAGUUGAAACGGUACAAUGGUGUUGGGCCUUCCCUAAAGGAAGAGCAACUACGUGAACAUUUAGGGGAGUGAAGAUGAUGUCAACCACCUUUGCAAAACUUCUUACAAGAUCCGAUGUAGAAUUGUAUUUUAGAACCCAUAACAUUUUAUAGUAAAGUAAGUGAAAUGCUCUAAGUUUAAAAAUAAUGUUAAGGAUUGGUAAAGUGGAUGUACAGAGGGCACAUUUAGACCUCUGCGAAAAUUCAAUCUAUUUGAUAAAAAUUGGGUAAACAAUCUUUUAAACAUCAACAAGAAAACCUUCAAUCAAUCAAGAAUAUCAUAAGAAAUUGUCUUUAUUGCGACUAUAAUUAUAAUAUCUUCUGCACAGAAUUUUUAAAGAUGUAUUUGAUUUGAUGUUUUUAUCAUGAUAGCUUUUUAAAAUUCUUUCUGGAGCUGAAUUAUGUAUGGAAGAUUUGGGAAGAAAGUGUAUAUAAAUUAUUGUAUUUUUUUGUAUAUAAUGUGUGUAAACAAAUAAA